CUGCUGGGCGAUCUCGGGCCAAAUUUGUUGCUGUACUCCAUGUGCUUUUUGUCGUUUAGUACCUGAUGCUGUGAGACCAAACUGAUGAGGUUUGUUCCACUUCUUGACCGGGACAUCAGCUGGAGCAAAGGAUUCGGACAGACAUAUUUUUCUGCAGGUGGAAAUCUUUCACUCUUAAGUUUGCACAAACUCCAUUAAAACCCCCUCUCACACACACAGUAUUGAAAAUCAGUUCUGUUUAUUUUCAUCCACGCUAAUGAAUCCCAAGAGAGAGCAUUUCUUUCUUUGUUGCAGUUACUGGGUCAUGUAGGGUUUCAGUGUUUGAUGCUUGUUGCCUCGGGGGCUUGAACCCUUGCCAAAGGACUGUCUCCCCUCUCACUCGGCUCGCCUACUGCUCCCAACAUCCAAGGCGCGAUGUUGUGGUCGCUACGCCGUCACAUGGCAUGUAGCGCGUUUCAAACACGAACAUGGCUACAAGCGGCGCCAAACGGCAAAAGGGGGAAUACAUGUCAAAAUUGGUGAUAAUGCUGUUGAUGGACGAACGAGCAUGAGGGGAAAGUUUGCGAUAAGCUGAGUUUGUGUCGUACUUGAGGAACAAAUUGUCUGACAAUAGAAUGAGUAAGCGCUGGAGAGGAAAUUAUAAAUCCAUGUCCAAGAGGCAAAGUUUAGACAAAUAACAUCAUUCACGUACGACGCUCACAUGGCACAAAAAACUAAGUGAAUCUCGGACGACUCCAGUUUAUUCAGCGCUUUGAUUAUCCAACAUAUCCCUUAUCUGAACAUAAGUCCAAAAUUGACCUUGGCUAACAGGAGUAAACAAAGACAAAAAAAAUGUUAGCACAAGUCUUUUUGGAGCUUUCAAUCACUCCUCUUGGCCUUCAUCAGUGUCUGGAGCUGGUAGUCAUGGAGAGUGUUCAGUUGUUUGCACCUGACAGUGUCUGAGGGAGGAGUCCUUCCAAUAACAACAAUGCAUCAAAAUAACAGGAUAUAUAUAUUCAUCUCUUUCCUCACGUUCCCAGGUCGUCAAAAAGCUUCACUGUAACUUCAUUUGGAUGAAGCCAAACUGAUAAAGAGAGAGGGGGGAAAACAAGGACUUAAACUCACAAGUGGUGUUAAAAAAUAACAGAACACAGGUGAGGAGUGAAAACGGUGGGAAAUCAGCCAAAGGGAGGAAAUGAAAAGCAAAACAUGAUUCGUGAGGAAAGGACAAAAUAAAAUAAGGAAAUGACAAAACCAAACAACUCCCAAAUAAAGGCCUAGUGGGCGAAUCAAUGUAGUAAAAGUAAAAAGGAUGUAAAUUUCUCUCUGAAUUGUAGUGGAGUAGAGAUGUAAGGUAUUAUAAAGUGGUAUCAUAUACGUAAGAAAAGUAUGAAGACCUCAGAUUUGAACAGUAAAUGUGUUCAGUUCCAUUCCAACAUGAAAAAUGCUGAGACACUUACAGUGGUGUGACAGUGGGGACGAGUAGAGAUCAAAGUGAGAUUUCUUGAAACUAAAGAUUCGUCAUCUUAGCCCGUGUUUUACACUUUGAUGAUCUGAUAUGAUAUUAUAAUACCCUUCCUGUUUUCUGUCGCCCUCCGGGCCCCAAGUAACUUCCAUACACCCCCUAAGUUUAUCACGUCAGCUGAAGUAGUUACAAGGACAAGACUGAAACAAACUCGUAGUGUGUACGUAGCAAUACGUUAAAGGACAACGCGCGGUCCACUUUUCUGACCACUCACACGUAACGAUACGCAUCUUUCUCUUAACUCCCUUGCUGAAGUACACAGGCAGCAGACAACCUAGCAGAAGUUCCUGCGGCCCCACUGGGAAGUUAAUCUCAACAGAGACACACAUCUGGUGCUGACGGCUGUCUGGCCAACCCUUCUCAGAAAAUCUCACAGGGAGGAUCAGGACCGGGGUGCAAUUAUCUACAGUGUGACUGCACAUUGGCAGCCUGAUAAGGUCCAAGUGAUAGGACUGCUGUGCAUGCAGAUUGAAUGCAACAGGCUCUCACAGAGGAUCAGCUGGAGAAAAGCUAUAUUCACAGCCAAUCGGCAGGAUGAAGACUCAUCUCCUUUGCUUGGAGUUACUCCUCUUGGCCGGUCACAUCCUUGUGGCCAGUGGGCAGCUGGGGACAAAGAAUGAGAUGUCCCGGGACUCUCUUACUGUUACCCAGAGAAUCGGGCUCGUAGAGAGGGACGUGCAGGGUCCGGUGAGGCCCAACAACAGCUUCCCCCGCCGCCGGCUGCCUCCCAUGUGCACCGGGCCCACGGAAAUCCGAGACACGUUCAAGUACAUUAACACGGUGGUGUCGUGCCUGGUGUUUGUUGUGGGCAUUAUUGGCAAUUCCACUCUGCUGAGAAUCAUCUAUAAGAAUAAGUGCAUGCGGAACGGGCCCAACAUCCUGAUCGCCAGCCUGGCGCUCGGAGACCUGCUGCACAUCAUCAUCGGCAUUCCCAUCAAUGUUUACAAGCUCCUGGCGGAGGACUGGCCUUUCGGAGUGACUCUGUGCAAGACGGUGCCGUUUGUCCAGAAAGCCUCCGUGGGCAUCACAGUGCUGAGUCUGUGUGCCUUGAGUAUUGACAGGUAUCGUGCCGUGGCCUCGUGGAGCCGUAUCAAAGGGAUCGGAGUGCCAAAGUGGAUGGCUAUCGAGAUUGCACUGAUCUGGAUAUUAUCCAUCAUCUUGGCCGUGCCAGAGGCGAUAGCUUUCGACAUGAUCACCAUGGACUACAAGGGUGAACACUUGAGGAUCUGUUUGCUGCACCCCAUGCAGAAAACGAGCUUUAUGAGGUUUUAUAAAUCAGCGAAGGACUGGUGGCUGUUCGGCGUAUAUUUCUGCCUGCCGUUGAUCUGCACCGCUAUUUUCUACACCCUGAUGACCUGUGAGAUGCUGAGGAAGAAGAAUGGCGUCCAGAUCGCCCUCAGUGACCACCUUAAACAGCGAAGGGAGGUGGCGAAGACAGUGUUCUGCCUGGUUCUGGUGUUUGCCCUGUGCUGGCUGCCUCUCCACCUCAGCCGUAUCCUGAAGCUCACCAUCUACGAUGAGAAAGAUCCCAACCGCUGCGAACUGCUCAGUUUCUUUCUGGUGCUGGACUACAUUGGCAUCAACAUGGCAUCCGUCAACUCCUGCAUCAACCCAAUCGCCCUCUACAUGGUCAGCAAGCGCUUCAAGAACUGCUUCAGGUCCUGCCUGUGCUGCUGGUGCCUACCGGCGGAGAUGCUGAUGGAUGAGAAACAGUCUUGCAUGAAGCUGAAGAUCACUGAGCGAGCCUCCGACCAGAGCAACUCCCGCAUGACCAACAAGUCCACUACAGCUUGAGGAGGGGCCUAACUGUGAGAAAGGUGGAAGUAUGAGGACGAAAACAAAACAAAACAAAAAAAAGAAUUAAAAUAUUGAGGUACGGGUGACUGAAUGAGGAAAGUGCUCAGUCUUGCCACAUCUACAUCAUGAUAUGAAGGCGCCGUCAACUUUUAACAGAUGUGCUUUUGGAAACCGGCCCCGACUGAGGCGGAAUUCCUUUUAUCCUAGAACUCUGAGCACAUGCUAUUAUGGACGACUAAACACUCUCCGUGCCCAAGAAGACAUGAGCAUCUGCGCACUUCGUGAGCUGUAUUCUUGGAUAACAGGCAUGAGAUGUGUGGGGCAAACUAAUAUCAAAUAUGGGAGAACUGAGCGGGGGGGCGAGGUUCGGCAAGUGUAAAAUUGGGUGCCGUGGGUUGAUAAGCAAAGACAGCUCAUCAGGCUCACUGCCUGGAUAGUGAAUGUGUAUUUUGACGGUAUGACUCAUGCAAUAUGUCCUGUAUUGUACAGACUACAUUAGAGAGUGUUUGGCGGUGCGAGCAGACACUGCAGAAGAUAUUCAUUCAUUUGGUCACGUAUUUACAUAAUAUGUAUAUAUGUAUUGAGCGUUUUGCCUACUUUAUUACUUGUUACAUUAGUGCCCUCAAAUGUAUUGUCUGUGUGCUCUGUUCCCCAAUAGAUAUUGAACUACUGACAUAUGAUUUCGGCUGAUGGCCCCUGAGCUAUUGUAUUAUACUGUUCAAUUUUGGGCCUGUUCUUGAGGCUUUACUUGCUCUGCGUUAUCUCAUUCUAACUCCUUUCCCUUAUUUGGUUUGAAAAUCGGAAUGGGUUUCUUUUUUUCCAAUGAAUAAAA